GGUCCACGGUGAGAGCGACGUUUCGGAUGAGGAAAAGCUCACCAACUCAAAACUAUCAGCUCGGGUACAAACAUGGCGCCUGCCUUCGCGGACCAGUACAGAUGAAAGUGUGGUGAAGAAGUGGACGGCAAAAGUUUUGUGGACUAGUUCUGCGGAGUAGCUGUUUUUAAUGCGGGUCCAGUUUAAACCUGUUCUGGGAGGUUGUAUUUGAAAAACUGCGGAAUUUAAUCUGAAGCGGGUAGCAGCAGCAAGUUGCCUACAUGUCAACAUAGUCCAUCGCUGCAGUGUAAACAGCUGACAAUAUUCCAGACUCCUUUGUGCUGACAGUGAAGCAACGGCCACUCAAAUAACCACAUGUUACUUAAGACGAAGAGCAUCUUUGAAUGCACCUCAAACCUUGAAGCAAAUGAAACACUGACGCAGAAAACCACAGUCCAGCCAGCCAUGAUUGAGGACAAGGGUCACCGUGUGACCGACUACUUUGUGGUAGCCGGACUGACGGAUAAGUCCACACCCUUGGAGCAAGAUCUGUCAGAGGCUAAGUCUAGCGGGCCCAAAUCCCCAAUCACAGACUUGGCCGUUAUUAACAGGUCAGCAGGAGAAACGGUGCCCGAGGGCUUCACGUGCAUUGACAGCACAUACAGCGGUCAACCUGCUAACUUGAACCAUGGGAGUUUAAAGAGCCCCGAACUGUUCUUGUGCUACAAGAGGGUUCGAGGGAAAGCUCCCCUCAUCGACAUUGGGGUUUUGUAUGAAGGAAAGGAACGUCUCAUCCAGGGCUGUGAGGUCAUCCAGGCCACGCCUUAUGGCCGCUGCGCCAAUGUCAACAACAGUUCGGCCACCUCACAGCGCAUCUUCAUCACUUUUCGCCGUUCACAGCCCGUCCAACCUCAGAACUCUUUGGCUGUAACUGACAUUUGUGUCAUCAUCACCAGUAAAGGCGAGAUACCACCACACACUUUUUGCAAAGUGGACAAGAAUCUUAACUGUGGCAUGUGGGGCUCCAAUGUGUUCCUGUGUUACAAGAAAUCAGUAUCUUCGUCCAACUCCAUCAGUUACAAAGCAGGUCUAAUUUUUCGAUAUCCAGAAGAGGAUUAUGAGUCGUUCCCUUUGUCAGAAUCGGUCCCUUUGUUUUGUUUGCCAAUGGGCGCCAAGAUUGAGUGUUGGGCUCCAAACACACGUGAUCCUCUGCCUGUUUUCUCUACAUUUGUCUUAACCGUCUCAUCUGGUGAAAAGGUAUAUGGUUCAGCUAUCCAGUUCUAUGAGCCAUACUCUGCGGAUUUGUUAAGUGAGAAGCAGAAGAUUCAGCUGGGCCUACUCACCACUGUGGAGAAAAAGAUGAUCCCCAAUCGACCUGUUAACACCAAUAAAUGCAUAUGUCUGCUGUCCCGAUGGCCCUUCUUUGAGUCUUUUCGAAAAUUCCUGAUGUUCCUCUACAAACUGUCUGUCUCCGGCCCUCACCCUCUGCCUAUUGAAAAGCACAUCUCGCACUUCAUGCACAACGUGUCAUUUCCUUCCCCACAGAGGCCUAGAAUUUUGGUCCAGCUCUCAGUGCAUGACACCCUGAUCUUCUCCCAGCCAGUGUGCACACCUUUACCCCUCAGUGGGGCAGAUUACGGCACCCUUCUAAUAAAUCUGGGUUCAGAGAACUGCGCCACGCUGCUACACUUUGUCCUUCAGGAGAGCAAGAUCCUUCUGCACUCUCUGCGCCCCGCUGUGCUUACCGGAGUGGCCGAGGCCGUAGUGGCUAUGAUUUUCCCCUUCCAGUGGCAGUGUCCCUACAUCCCCCUGUGCCCGCUUUCUCUAGCAGGUGUUCUGAACGCACCUCUGCCAUUUAUCGUGGGUGUGGACUCCCGCUACUUUGACCUCUAUGACCCUCCACCAGAUGUUGUCUGUGUGGAUCUGGACACCAACACUAUCUACCUGUCUGAUGAAAAGAGACACAGCAACUGGAAAAUCCUCCCUAAAAAGCCUUGCAAGAGCCUCAUGAACUCGCUGAGCAACUUGCACCACCAGCUGGCCACUGUUACAGUACAUCAAAAUAUUCAGGAGAGCUCAGCAGUGGACAUGACCCCUAUUGAGGCCGAUUUCACCUGGCACAAGAAGAAAACGGCCCUAGAGAUGGAAAUUCAGGAGGCCUUCCUGCGCUUCAUGGCCUCUAUCCUGAAAGGUUAUCGAUCCUACCUCAAACCAAUCACCCAGGCUCCUUCAGAAAAGGCCACGGCUGCAGACUCUCUCUACGAUCUACAAGGGUUUCUCAAGAGCAGAGAUCGGGCCCACCAGAAGUUCUACUCCCAACUUACCAAGACUCAGAUCUUUAUACGUUUCAUCGAGGAGUGCACUUUUGUCAGUGACAAGGACACUGGUUUGGCUUUUUUUGACGACUGUGUUGAGAAGCUUUUCCCUUCUGAUAAAAUCACCGACAAGGGCACUAAGGUUGAAGGAGAGUCGUCAGAAGAUACAAGACUGCUGGAGCUGGAUGAAUCCCAGAAGAGUGAACACACUGUGUUUGUGAUGCCCCCUGAGCCACCACCUGAUGAUGGACCUGACCCUAUUCCUCAAUAUACUUACAAAGGUUUUCCCAGAUUGAAACUGGACACGUUUGACCGUCCAAGAGUUUUACGACCAGCACUGAGCAGCAGCGCAGCAGGAGCCAGUUUGUCCAGCAGCCCUGCACUCCUGGCCAAGAGAACAAAGCAGGAAGUGAAGCUGGCCUACAAGUUAGCGAAACGCUUCUAUUCAAACCCUCAGCUGUGGGCCCGCUGUCUUUUCAGUCACUGCUACAGCAUGUGGUUCAUCUGCCUCCCGGCAGCCGUACGACUCUCCAAGUCCAAAAGCCGUGCCAUGCAGCAAGCAUACAACGUCUUGCUGAAGAUGAGGGAAUCUGAGGUGGAAGUGCUGGAUGAGGUGUGCUAUAGAGUUGUCAUGCAGCUCUGCGGUGUAUGGGGUCUCCCUGUGAUGGCUGUGAGGGUCCUGGUUGAGAUGAAGAAAGCCGGAGUCCGUCCCAAUGCCAUCACAUAUGGAUAUUACAACAAGGCAGUCUUAGAGAGCCCUUGGCCAAGCCGAAACCGGAGUGGGCUUUUUAUGUGGACCAAAGUUCGUAAUGUGGUUCGGGGCGUGGCCCAGUUCAAACAAGCUCUCAGCCGGACAUCUCCUGACAAGGAGCCUACACUUGCUUCUUCAGCUGCAUCAAAUAAAGCAGUGUCAGCAGCUACUGACGCUGAUCGGUUGAGUCAUGGAAGUGCUGACAGCUCCACUGAAGUCAAUGGUCAGGAACACAACCUGUUUGCCCACAGCCACACCAUGGAAGACACAACAGAGAACCAUUGUAGUACAGGGAGACAUUCUGAUCAAGGCUACGGCUCUAAGGACGAGUUACACCAGGACCUGGUAAAGUCUUCACACACAAUGGUCCAGUCCACUGAAGACAGGAACACCAGUCCACAACAUAAUGGAGGAGACAUUGCUGGUUCAGUGGACAGUGCAGUGGCAGUAGCAGAGCCUCUUACUCCCGUCAAUGUCCCCUCACCUGUUCCAAGUAUUGUAAAGCUAUCUGCAGGAAGCUGUGAUAGUGAAACAGGUAAACUGUUUCGAAGGAAAAGUAAGAGCAGAAAUAUGUCUCUUUCUAAUGAAGCUCCUCUGCUGAUAGCAGGGGAGUCAAGCCAGUCUCAACAGCAGCGACAGAGAGCCUUUGCUGAGCGCAGCUGCAGCUUCAGUGCUGAAACUCGUUCUGGAAUGCUCCUGGAGAACGGAGUGGAUCAGAUGGCCAGCCAAAUGGGAGCUGAUGCCCGUAUCUUGACUGCGGCUCUUUCUGCUGGCCUGAGUCCACCAGCCAGUAGUGUAUCCAAAACACUUUUUAAAGACCUGGAUGAGGAGCCUGAAGAUAUCCAAAGCGCAUUACUUCCUAAGUUGCCUGGAGAAGUGGAGGAAGAGGGGGAGGGUCAUAAAAAGAAAGAAGAGGAAAGUGAGGAACAAAAGGAUGAGGGAGAGAAGGAGGCAGGAGCAGAUGAAAAACAAAACGAAAAUGAAAAAGAAACUGAGGGACAACUGGAAGAGGAGGAAAGUAAGCAAACUGAAGCCCAAGAGGACGAGUCUGCGGCAAAAGGAGGGACACUGGAGAGAGCCGACGUGGAGGUAGGCGCUGAUCCACUUUCCCUUCUGGUGUCAGAGAAGGACGAGUCUGCGUCUGUGACCAGCCAGGAGCAAACACGUUCAAUGCCAGCUGUGGUCUCUCGCAACCUGGCAGAGGAGAUUGAAAUGUACAUGAACCUGCGAAGCCCACUGGGCACCAAAUCCUCCAGCAUGGAACUCCAACAGUCUCAGGGAGACUCCACAGACGCACCACAGCCCAAACAGCCUUUGGAACGCAGAUCCAGCCUUCCUGUGCCUCCAGUUAAAACUGCAACUUCGUCCCCAGGAGAUACACCCAAACGUAGCCCCAACAUGGUCACUCGCUCCAAGACAUUUGCUGUCAAGACAAAGAACUCUGCCAGCGUCGUGGGGAGCCCAAGAUCAUCCUCGUUGACAGCACUGGUCAAAUCCUCACAGGGGGGGUCUUUGGGCUCAGUCAUAAACUCUAUUUCAGGCAUCAAGAUGGACACACUGUUGUCAGGUCCUAAAAUUGAUGUGCUGAGAUCUGGCAUGAAGCAGGCAGCAAAUGUUGCCAGCAAAGUGUGGGGAGCCGUGGCAUCAGCUUACUCCUACUCUGAUGAUGAGGAUGAACAGGCUGAGAGAGCUGGAGGCUUCCCAGCCCGUCUGGAUGAUCACAUGCUUGCUGCUCGUGAAGCUGAUGAUAGUCCAGAGCGAGGGACCAUCCCAGGUUUGGUGGCUAAUGGUUUGAAUCAGAGCUCCACCAGCCUUGGCAGCAGCAGUGGCAGCAGUGACACCGGUCGAGGGAACCACCAAAUGCAUCCAACACCAGGAAGAGCUGGCAGAGGUCCUGAUUCCGAGCAAAGCUCCUCACAGUAUGCCUCCUCCUCCAGCAUCUACCAGAACUGUGCCCUGGAGGUGUUGAUGUCAAGUUGCUCCCAGUGUCGUUCCUGUGAAGCUCUGGUGUAUGAUGAGGAGAUCAUGGCAGGCUGGACAGCCGAUGACUCCAACUUAAAUACCAACUGUCCUUUCUGUCGCACAGCCUUUCUUCCCCUGUUGCACGUGGAAUUUCAUGACUUGCGCAUUUCAACAGGUCUCUACAUGAAUCCCAGUGCCUCAGGAGACAGUAUUCACAGCAACAGUGCUCAGCCUGCAGCCAGUAGUUCAACUGAUAUCAAGACACAAGACCUUACGGCUUUCCCUGAAGAAGAUUCAAGGGAGACUCCAGAUAAUCAUCCUGCGGAACAGAAGAGUCUCAUUCCAGAACCAGUUCAGUCAGAUCCUCUGGGUCUACUGGAGCACACUGCAGCAGGGAAGCAGCAGAAAUGCAGUGGGACAUCACUGACACGCAGCAACAGCGUUGGAGGUCCAUUACAGAGCUUGGACUACUCCCAGAGACCAGGCCAUGGUGUCUCAACAACCAGUCUGCCCUGCAGCCUCCAAGAGAUGUCGGAUGGCAUGGGCACCAAGCGACCAAACCCCAAGCCUGUGUCUGUCCCGUACCUCAGCCCAUUGGUAUUGCGCAAAGAGCUGGAGACCUUGCUAGAGAAUGAAGGGGAUCAGGUAAUCUACACCCACAAAUUCCUCAGCCAGCACCCCAUCAUCUUCUGGAACCUGGUGUGGUAUUUCCGUCGCUUGGACCUGCCCACUCACCUACCUGGACUCAUUCUCACAUCUGAACACUGCAACAAUGGAGUGCAGCUCCCUUUGACAUCACUGUCCCAGGACAGUAAGCAGGUGUAUGUCCAACUUCUGUGGGACAACAUCAACCUUCACCAGGAACCUGGAGAUCCCCUCUACCUGCUGUGGAGGACAUUGUUGGAGAAAAAAGGGACACUGGCUCCAACAGACCACCUGGAGAUUCGUACGCUCCUUAACACAAUUGUCCGCAACAUCCAGACCAACGAUGUCUAUGGACCAAUUAACCUGUUGAUCCGAGAGAUCAAGCGUCUGCCAGAGGGGGUCAAAAGACAAAGGAGUGUCUACAGGGACAUUCUGUUUCUUUCACUGGUAGCUUUGGGACGUGAGAACAUUGAUGUUGAGGCCUUUGACAGGGAGUACCAACUGGCAUAUGAUGAACUGAGCCCCGAGCAACUCAAGUCACUGCAAUGCAUGGAUAAACCGCCCAGUCCCAGUGUUCAGUGGUGCCUAAAAUGCUUUGGCCCACCUUUCAUCUAAACAGCAGCAGCGUCAGCAAUAUGGGAAUAUUCACUGUUUCUGUUUAACAGCAGAAGAGCAAAGAAAAAUGUUGCUAAUUGAGCUGUGUUCCCAUAGCUGCCAGUUAUAGGUGUUUUUUUUUCUAUGACCUUAUUCAGCUUUUCCUACGUUUUCCAAGCAGAUAAGCAGAUACCAACACUGUUCCAGCUGUAUGCUUGGACAGCAACAGAGUGACUAGUGGAAUUAGCUGUGCUUUUUUUCUUAACAUAAAGUGUAGAGGGUGUAUGGCUUCCCUUGUGGUGUAGUCAUAUCUGAUGUUGUGUGUGUGUGUGUGUUUGUGUGUGUGUGUGUUUGUGUGUGUGGAGGCUGCGUUUGCUCAUAGGUCAUGGAACCUCAAAGUUUUGCUUUUCCCACAUGAGAUCAGGACUUUCUUGAGAUGAUAUAUCCCUCAACUGUUUCUUUCUGCACUUCUAAACAACAGAAUAACAAUAACUCUUCUCCACUUGUCUAUUUGUACAUAUUGUUUUUCUUGAGGGAAGUUUUAAACCACAAUUGCCUACUUUUUGAGGCAAAAGGUUGCGACGCAUCAGCUGUUUGUGUUUUUGUUCCAUUCGAGUCUUAUUGAAUGUUCCCCUGGGUGUGUACAGGUUUGGGGUGAGGCUUUGUGUGUAUAUAGUUGUCAGUGACUCUCAGUAAUAAAUUUUAUUAAACUCACAACAUUCCACAUUUGCUGCAAUUUAAAGAUGUCUUAAAGAAGAAUCAACUAAAUAAUGCUUGCUAUACACCAUCAUGCGUGUCACAUUAAAACCCAAUCAAUCGAUAGUAGCUAAACAUUGUGCCACACUACUGAUCUCAGCACAUUAAAUCCAAAUCAAAGUUAAAAAAAAUAGGAUAUGCAGUUUAGUGCAACGCCCCGUUGUCGCAGUGAUCAGUUUGUCUAGUGUUUUUAAUGUUUGUGUUUUUAACAGUUCUCACUGUAUUUGUUAGGCUCAUAUAGUCACAGUUGUCUCUUUCACAGACUUUAGUUAGUUCUUCCUGAAACCAAAAAUGAAGCAGUGAAGUUUUUUUUCUUUGUUAUUAAUUACAAAUAUUAUGUGCUGACAGGAUGUGUUUUUUUAGUUUGUGUUUUUGUCUUUAUAGAUAUUUGUCAUAGCCUUUGUUGCAUCUGCAUGGCUGAGAUAUUUUGACAUGACAUUCCACUGACUGCUGAAACAGACAGGAAGAGCUGUGAUAAAAUGUUGGGACAAGGGCCUGCAUGUUACCAACAUAGAAACAGGAAAGAAAUGCUGAUUUGUACAGAUGUAAAAUUUUCAACUUGCACUGCAUAGAUUGCAACCUGACCUUAAUCUACAAGUACAUGUGGAUGAAAUGACCUCAGAAUAUUAACAUUAUUUUCCUUCAAAACAAAAUAAAUUUUUCAAUUAUUUAUUUUUGUAAUAUUAACGUUUGGAUUGAAGGCAGUGUAGUGAAACUAAUAUGGCAUUUUUAGGACUAACCAUCUCCCUUUCCCUGUUUUAACCUAUUCUGGGUUUUCAUCUUGUUCAGACUUUGUAAAUUUGAUCUUCUCUAAAGAGAGGAUGUACAGAGAAGAUGUUUGUUAACAGUAGAUUUAAGUGAUCUCUUACCAUCCUGUGGAAAGGAAAUGAAUGUCUACACUUGAUGUGCUGCAAUAAAUGAUUUUGUGAAAGAUAAUUAUGCUUGGUUUUUGUCUGUUGCACCCAGUGUCCUUAAAUGUAAUGAUGCUUUUCUCACAAUAAAGUUGAUUCACCUGGUG